GUGUGUGUGUGUGUCUGUAUGUAUGUGUGUAAAUAACAACAACAACAACCACGACCACAAAUACAACUACAAUACGGCAACGUCAACAACACGCAAUUGCUGUGAGUGCGACGGAGACAGCAACAGCGUGAGUCAUAAAAGUGAAAUGAAAAUGCGGAUAAAAAGAGAAGCGCCGUGUCUUCUACUAUGUAUGCCAAUACAAAAUAGCAACAACAACAAUAAUCAUAUUGGUGCAAAUCACAAGGACUAUCCCAAUAAACGAUCCAGGGAAAAUCUGGCAUGCGAUGAGACGACAUCAGCAAUGACAACAGGAAUCAAUGGUGUUAAUAAUCUUGGUGGACGAACGCCACCAUUAACUCGAAGUUGCUCCAGCCCAGCGGUCUAUGACAUUGAAACACAUCCCGCCUCACCAGUUUUUCCACAUCUAUUGCUGGGCAAUGGCCGCGAUGCGGAUGAUCCCAGCAGUGUGGGCGCCAAUUGUGUGCUAAAUGUUACCUGCCAAAGUCCCAGCGAGAAUCAUUUGCAGGGCCUUAAGUAUAUGCAAAUACCUGCCAGCGAUACGCCCCAUCAAAAUAUUAAACAAUAUUUCCAACAGGCAUACGAUUUUAUUGAGGAUGCACGUAAAACUGGUUCCCGCGUCUUGUUGCAUUGCCAUGCAGGCAUCUCGCGCAGUGCCACCAUUGCCAUUGCCUAUGUCAUGCGAUAUAAGUCGCUCUCGCUGCUGGAGGCCUACAAACUGGUGAAAGUAGCCCGACCGAUUAUAUCGCCCAACCUGAACUUUAUGGGUCAACUGCUGGAGCUGGAGCAGAGUUUGUGCAAGAGCGGUGUCCUAGCAGCUCCCACAAUUGCGCCCAGCUCGACCCAUACGCCCAGUCCAUCAUCAGAAGCAGCACCACCUGCAACGUCAUCAGCAUCAUCUAGUCAGCAACUGUUGGAACAGCCCGAACAAGAGGCUGCCGAACAGGAGCAACAGCAGCUUCAUUGCCGCCGUGGAGCACAUAGUAAAUCAAAAUCCGAUAGCGAGGCCAUGGACGAGGAUGUCUAUGACUAUGAUGAUGUGGAUAGCGGUGCGGGGAGUUUCGCUGGCAGCAAUUGCUCGUCGCGUCUCACCUCGCCGCCCAUAACGCCCGACGAUGAGGCACCCAGUACAUCGGCAGCAGUUUCAUCAUCAGUCGCCGAACUAGAUUCGCCCUGCUCAAGCAGCAGCAGCGGCAUAUGCUCGGUACUAUCAACAGCCUCAUCUGUAUCCUGUGCUUCCGCCUCCAUCACAGCAGCAGCAGCAGCCAGCAGGAGCAGUGGCACCACCAGCAGCAGCAGCAGCUCCAAUGGCAAUGGCCUAUUAUCACCCACUAGGCCGUUGGCACUCUUCAAACGCAAUUCGCCCGCCAAGCUCAGGCUCAAUUUGGAGCCCACUUAUGCGCCAAUACCAAAAUCAAUAUCCUGCAUAUCCAUACAUAAUCUACGUAGCCCCCUGCAAUGUGAUGCACCAACCACGCCCAUUUGCGGGGCAAUGCCACAAACGCCAACGCUGUUGCAUUCACCGCAUCCGGAUGGUAGCCAGAAUAAAGGCAAUAAUCUGGUUGCAUCACCUCUAUCAACUGGCUGUGAAUAAUAUGCUAUAAUAAUGCUAAACAAAAUCGAGAAACCAUAAGCCGAUUUUUACACAGAUGAAAAUAAUUAAUUCAAUUUAAGCAAAACUAAAAAAAAAUGGUUAAUGUCUUAAGAUAUCGGUUGCCGUUUCAAAAAUUUACUGACAAAAAUCUAUUGUAAAUGUAUUUUAAAGAGCUUUCCUUUCCCCUCCCCCCCAAACCAUUCAUCCUCUUCAACAACAACAACAACAUCCCUAUUUUGGAAAUUGUUUAAACAAAGAA